GAGCUGUCAAAUGUUUGUUUAUCUGGCUGGCGCUUCGCACACGCACGGUUCGUUUAUAUAAUUAUUCCUGCAAAAAAUACGCAAUUUCGCAAUGUUUCGCAUUCCGGCUCUGCGCUUCAUUAACCGUGCGGUGGUGGUGAAUGGACAGGCUGGUCGGUUUAUCGCCACCGGAGCACCGGUCUGCAACUCGACCGACGGUGGCUACCGUCCACCGACACCGAUGAUUGACCUGGAGGACAAAUCGCUCCCCAUUCCCGAGUACAAGCAGAAGAAAAAUGAACCGCUGCAGCUGCAAAAGUCACGCCUACUGUAUCAGUCGCGCAAACGUGGUAUGCUCGAGAACGGCCUGCUGCUCAGCACGUUCGCCGCCAAGUAUCUGGCGGAGAUGAGCCCCGCCCAGACGAAGCUGUACGAUCAGCUGAUCAACCUGCCGUCGAACGACUGGGACAUCUUCUACUGGGCGACGGGCGUGAAGCCGACGCCGAAAGAGUACGACAACGAGGUGAUGAACAUGCUGAAAAAUCACGUCAAGAACAACGACCGCGAACAGCGGUUCAUGCAGCCCGACCUGUACGCCAAAGCGAACUGAAAAGCCUGUUGUCUGUUAAUCAAUAAGAAAGUAUUUAUUUGCCUCCCAAA